AUGGGUAAAGAUUUCAAGAGUAUGGUUACACGAUGCAUCUACGUCGGAAAAGAUAACAAUAACGCCAAGAAGCUGAAAACCGCUACGGAAGAGCUCAAGGAUCUACGCAACAAUGUAAUGAAAAGAGUCAAAAUGUACGAAGAUCAACAAAAGCUGAAGCGGCUCGAGAAAGUUCAGGUUUGGCUUAGACAAGCCGAUGCAUCGAUCAAAGAAGCAGAAGAGAUGUUGAUGAAUGUAAUGUCAUCUUCUUCUUCGAAUGGAUCAUCGAGCAUGAUCAUGAGUUGUCACAAAAUGGACAAGAAGAUUUGCAAGAAGCUAAAAGAGGUUCAGGAGAUAAAGAGUAGAGGAACGUUCGAUGUGGUGGUUGAGAAUAGUGGCAUUGGUAAUAAUGGUGGUGGUGGGUCGAUGAUGAUCUCAACCGUUGAUAGAGAUGAUCAGACAUGUGGAUUGGAAGCGGUUACGGGGUUAUUGUGGAGGUGUGUGACGGUUGAUAACACCGGUCUUAUUGGUUUAUACGGCGUUGAAGGUGUUGGGAAGACGACUGUGUUGACAAAGGUCAACAACAGGUUGCUUCAGCAUAAGUCAAAUGGGUUUGACUUUGUGAUUUGGGUUUUUGUUUCCAAGAAUCUUAAUCUUGAGAAGGUUCAAGACACGAUUCGAGAGAAGAUAGGGUUUCUUGACAGGUCGUGGACGAGCAAGACAGAGGAAGAGAAAGCCGGUAAGAUCUUCGAGAUACUUAGCAAGAGACGGUUCGCUUUGUUCCUUGACGACGUAUGGGAGAAAGUCGAUCUAGUGAAAGCUGGUGUGCCACUGCCGGACGGACAAAACAGGUCAAAGAUCGUUUUCACGACGUGUUCGGAUGAGGUUUGUCGUGAAAUGGGAGCACAAACGAAGAUCAAAAUGGAGAAAUUGCCAUGGGAAAGAGCUUGGGACUUGUUUAAGAAGAAUGCUGGAGAAGAGACAGUAAAGAGCCACCCGGACAUAACCAAAAUCGCUCAGGAGGUUGCAGCCAAGUGUGACGGUCUUCCUCUGGCUCUGGUCACAAUCGGUCGAGCCAUGGCCUCUAAGACAACACCUCAGGAUUGGCGUGACGCAUUGUACAUCUUGAGUAACUCUCCUCCAAAUUUCUCAGUUCUCAAGUUACUGGACAGGAACUAG